UUAUUUUUUCUGGUUUCGUUGUGAUGAUUGUUUUUCAUUCCACUGUGUAUUCUUGAAAAAAUUUCUUUUUUUUUGUGCUAAAACCUUAGCCUUUAUUAACAAAUCCUUCGUUUCGUGUAGCGUACAUUCAAGCAAAAUUAUACCGUACGAUUUUCAUUAAAAAAGAUUGUUAGCCAACGAAAAACAUGGAGCGAAAAAGGCCGCCAAAAUCGCUUAGGGGCAAAGAAAUAGGUUUGUUUUAUAGAAAUCUAUCGCGAAAACGCAGGCAAGAGGAAGAAAGUGAGGGUCGCAUUCAUUUGAAUUCGUCCGUAAGUGUGCCAAAAGACUUAUUGAGCAGUGUAGAAACUUGUUUACACAAAUUCUCGCAAUCAGAAGACGAAGCCUUUCUUUUUGAUGAAUUUGGAGAGAGUUUUAAAAGAUUAUUAAGUGUAAAUUUUGAGGAGUUUAUUGAAGAAGCGAAACAAAAAGAUAAAAACGGAAGCGUCCAGACAAGUGCAAAAGAUGGAUUAAGCAAGGUCUUGCAAAAAGACUUCAUAGAUAAAUGCGCGGCUAAUCCGCCUUUCCGAAAACGUAAUGUAGAAAGUGAAAAUUUACCAGCCACAUCCUAUCACAAACUUAUAAGUGAUUGUGUACAGAAAAAUCAAGUGGUUUUAAUAGUGGGAGGUACAGGCUGCGGCAAAACGACACAAGUUCCACAAAUUUUGUUAGACAACUACAUAUUGAAUAAAAAAGGUGCUGAAUGUCGCAUUUUUUGCACUCAACCACGACGAAUUGCAGCUAUCACAGUGGCGGAACGAGUCGCUUAUGAGAGGGCGGAAUCUUUGGGACAAAGUGUAGGUUACCAAAUCCGUUUAGAAAGUCGCUUACCAAGAGAUUACGGGUCAAUCUUAUAUUGCACGACUGGAAUAAUGUUACAAAGAAUGCAGACCAAUCCUUUAUUGAAUGAUGUCAGUGUUCUCAUUCUGGAUGAAAUACAUGAACGCAGUGUUGAAACUGACUUAAUAAUGGCUUUGCUAAAAAAGAUUUUACCCCAUCGAUCCGACCUGAAAUUAAUUCUUAUGAGUGCUACUGUCAACGAUCAGUUGUUUAGCCAAUAUUUUGAUAAUUGCUGCACGGUACAUAUUGAAGGAUCUCUUUAUCCCGUAGAGGUUUUGUAUUUGGAAGAUAUUCUUCAAGAGACUGGUUAUCAUGUAUUUAAGAAUGAACUUUGUGUCAAAAAUAGAAACAAUAAUCAUCGUAAGAAACAUAGAGAAACUGAACAGAAUGAGCAAUAUCUACGUAUGAUUGAUGAUUACAUACCCACUAUAAAACUAAAAUAUGAAAGCCAUGUGUUGCGUUCGCUACGUUUCCCGAACUCUGAAGGAUGCGAUAAUCUACAGUUUUUGGAGUAUUUGAUCUUCUUUAUCUGCGAACAUAAGCCCCAAGGAGCCAUAUUGGUCUUUUUACCGAGUUAUGAUAAAAUUUCCAAACUCAGCGCACAACUACAGAAGCCUUCAUUGCGUUAUCACCAGGAUUUGGCAACGCAACUUCUUAUAUAUCCCUUACAUUCUAUGAUGCCAACAAUAAAUCAAAGAAAUGUUUUUGAACCGGCUCCAGCGGGUAAACGUAAAGUCAUAUUGUCGACCAUAAUAGCUGAAACGUCAGUAACUAUUAAUGAUGUGGUUUAUGUUAUUAAUCCGGGGCGUGUCAAAACUAGCGAUUAUGAUCUGCAAGCUAACACACAAACAUUGGAAGAAACGUGGGUUAGCAAGGCUAAUUCUCAACAGCGAAGGGGACGUGCCGGUCGAGUGCAACCUGGCAUUUGUUAUAAUCUGUUUACGAGAGCUCGUGAACAACAAAUGUUGGAUGAACCCAUUCCCGAAAUUAGGCGCAGCAGACUGGAAACAGUCAUUUUAAAUUUGAAGCUACUUCAUGUAUGUGAUCUGUACGAUUUCUUGAAGUCUCUAAUUAGUGCACCCGAGCCAAUGGCCAUACAAAAUGGGAUUAAUCUGCUCAAAAGGAUUGGAGCUUUGGAUUAUCACGAUGAUUUGACACCUUUGGGAGUGCAUUUAGCUCGCCUGCCUAUAGAUCCCCAAAUGGGUAAAAUGAUUCUGAUGGCGGGCUUAUUCCGUUGCGUAGACCCGAUAACUUCUGCUGCUGCGGGGAUAUCAUUUAAGAGCCCCUUUUAUACCCCUUUAGGUUUCGAGCAGACCGUUGACCGCGUAAAGCGCGAGUUAUCCGAUGGAAUCAGAAGUGACCAUUUGCUUACACAUAAAGCUUUAAGGGGAUUUCGUGAGGCUCGCGAGAGUGGUCGCCUUUCAGAAUAUUGUUAUCGGAAAUUCUUAAGCAAUUCCAUUCUUACGCAAUUGGAGAAUAUGAAAAAACAGUUUACCGAUCAUCUGAGACUGGCGAGUUUUACAGAAUCUGCGGAUGUGAUGGCUGAAUCUUUGAAUGUCAAUUCUAAUAAUUUGCCCUUGUUAAGAGCCAUAAUUGCGUCCGGUUUAUAUCCGAAUGUCGCUUUUUUAAGCAAAGUAAGACAGAUACGCAAUCGUGUUCAAGCGGUGCAUAAAAUGCAAACACCCGAAGAUAAAAGUAUUAAUUUUCACCCUUCCUCGGUGAACAGCGGAGAAGGAUCUUUUGAUUCUAAAUUCUUUGUCUACUUUCAAAAACAAAGAUCCACAGCGUUGUACAUGCUGGAUGCGACAAUGGUUUUUCCCAUGGCUCUUUUGAUAUUUGGUGAUGGUGUUGUGGAGGGAGUCACUACAAAUGGAGAACAUUAUAUCAGUGUAGCCGAAAAGUAUUAUUUCAAAUGCGAUCCUAGAACUAGUUGUACGAUUCUAAAACUUCGCGAAAACCUCGAGAUGCUAUUACAAAGGAAGGCUUUACAUCCUUCUCCAAUAAAACCCAAUAGUAAGGACGAUUACAUAAUUAAAGCCAUACAAAUACUACUCUCUUUGGAUGAUAUAGAUGAUCAUUCCGACAAAUAUCUCUCCGUAGAUGAAGAUGAUGUAUCCCCUUGAUAAGUUUUUAUAUAAUAAGAAAAAACUUUGAGCAAAAAAGUUAAAUAAAUGA